CAUUUUGACGACGGUUUAAGUGUGUAUCAAAUGAAAAUUAGUGCCAAGUGCCAACUUGUGGUAUUUGUCCUUAAUGAUGUACAGUUUUUAUAGUAAUAUAGAUCAACUAACAAAUCAAUUAAUUAGUAACUCAUGUCCUUAUUAUAUAUGAGCUAGUAAUCUGAAAAAAAGAAAUAGUCCCUAACUUGUUGAGAUCUAAAUUACAAUAUCUGUUAGAUUACAAAUGAGACCACUUUUUUUUCUCUUAUUGGAUGGUGAGACAGAGUUCACCAACUAUAUGUCCUCUGCGUUCAGACUUCCCUCAACUCUUUACAUAUGUUCGUUGAUUCAUCUCAUUUGAUGUCUCCUUUGACAGUACUGCUUCUGUCAUCAAAAUUUGACCUUUUCUACUAACCUGAUCCUUCAACACUUUUUUUUAACUUUUUACUUAGAUUUGAUAUCUCUAUUGGAGUUCGACUAAAUCAAGAUUUGUCUUACAUUGAGGGCAAAGCGUUCUGCAUACGCCACUGAUCCUUCAACUCUUUUUCUCACCUACCAGUUCUUUAUCAUGACUUUUUUUCAGCUCCCAUGACAUGCUUAUGUGCAUAUUCAAGAUCCAAGCCUAACCAUUUGUUCACCUUCUUUUUAUCUUACACAAUUUAUCAAAUGGAAUCCAUUUCUCCUAUGAGAAGUCCUCCAAGUUCUUCUUCCCAUGCUGGCUUCCCAAUUAUAGUUAUCGCCAUCAUCGGUAUAUUGGCUACUGGUUUAUUGCUAGUUAGUUAUUACAUUUUUGUAAUCAAAUGUUGUUUGAAUUGGCACAGAAUUGAUCUUUUGAGGCGGUUUUCUUUCUCUAGAAGGCAGGGUGUUGAAGAUCCCUUAACGGCUUACUCCCCUGCAGAGGAAAAUCGGGGACUAGAUGAAUCGGUUAUUCGAUCAAUCCCCAUUUUCCAGUACAAGAAAAGGGAAGGAAAAGAUGCAGUCUUUGGUGAGAAAACAAGAAGUUCAUGUGAAUGUGCUGUUUGUUUGAAUGAUUUUCAAGAUAAUGAGAAGCUAAGAAUAAUUCCAAGUUGUGCUCAUAUUUUCCACAUUGAUUGUAUUGAUGUUUGGCUUCAAAAAAAUGCAAAUUGUCCACUUUGUAGAACCAACAUCUCAUCAAAUAAACUCUCAAUUAGCUCCACCUCUCGAGAUUUUCCAAAUGACAAUUUCACAGGCAGAGAUGAAGAUUAUGUUGUCAUAGAAAUAGCAGAAAAUAGUCCAACAUUAUCAGGGCAUUUCUCCAUUAGCCCUUCUUCAAGAAAAAAUAGUUUAAAUAUUUCAAGAAAUUUGAUUUCAAGCAUGGGAGAUGAGUGCAUUGACAAAAGGAAAAAAGAUGAACAUUUUGCAGUACAGUCCAUUAGGAGAUCAUUCUCUAUGGAUUCAGCUGCUGAUAGACAGCUUUAUUUGACUGUUCAAGAGAUUGUACAGCAGCAGAGAGUUCCUGAUCAUAGUCUUGGUGAAUGUAGCAGUGCCAGAGUCAUUAAAAGAUCAUUUUUCUCCUUUGGGCAUGCAAGGAGUUCAAGAAAUGCAGUUCAACCAGUUCAUUGGGCAUAGAAAAGGGCAACUCGAUACACUAAAUUCCACUGUACGCGAGUGCAGGGAAGGGUUAAACCACAUUUUGUCUUUUUACGUGAUCCUACCUUAUACUUUAGAGGCUAUUUUCAUUGCUUGAAUCAGUGCUCUCCUAGUUACAAGCAUAAAAAUGUGCAGUCCCCCCUUUCAUUUAGUCUCUUCGUUUGUCUUCUUCUUUUAGUUGUAUCUUAAUUAAGUAUUCUGUUGGUA